AUAUCUAGACCGAGUGUUGAGAAGUGAGGAUUAAGAUGCACGUAGAAAAGGACUUCGUUCUUUCUCUCUCGUGCGUAGCAUAGCCAAAGAGAGGGCUACGUGCGAGCGAGAGAGAACUCAAGGGAUAUACUAUGUCUAUGCCGUCAUGUUUACAAACUUCGUCGUUACGUCAUACGGUGAUACGCGCGGAGCGAAAGAACGAACGAGAAAUCGAGAGUUUUGAACGACUACCUCUGUGUUGAUUGUUGACGGAUUCUUGCCACGUUAUCGUGAUGUCAAUUAGGCCGCUUUGGCCUGAUUUACGGCCGCGAGCGACCGAUCCACUGUGGUUCAACGCUGAUCGACCGUGCGACGACGAGACCGAGGUCGCCGCUCUCGAAGCGGAGCACCAGGCCUGGAGAGAUCAUGUGCGGGUGCAAGGAUACGAGCACAUCCCGAUCGGGAAGACAGUGAGCGACUUCAGAGGAUCAGAAGGCGAAGAAGAGGAAGAGGAGGAGGAGGAAGGCGAGGGCGAAGAGGAAGACGAAUCGGAUACUCACGAGGAGGAGGAGGAGGAGCUCGAUGAGAUUGACAUGGAAGUCAGUUAUUCCCAUCAUCCGCAGAGGUCUAGCCCAACGGAUACGGUGACCGCUCCCGUGUCCAUUAGAAUGGUCAAUGCAUCGAACUUGACUCGUUAUUCCUAAUUUUCGCGUCUCAAAUGUACAUUGAUUAAUUACUUGAUCAUUUAAUCUCGCGUAAUUAUAUGUACAGCAACUUUAUAAUCAUUCUAUUUCCAAUUCUAUCAUAAAUUAUUUAUUAAAGUCACGUAUUAAAAUCACGUCGAUCGAUAACGCGAAUAAAGAUCUAGCACUCCUUCCUUUUUUUAUUUUCUCUCUUUUUUCUUUUUCUCUUUUUCCUCGAGACGACAAGGAAACAUUGUAUUUCUCAGAAUCCAUUUUUAUUAUGAAGAAGCUCGUCGAGUCCGUCGUUCGACAUUCCGAAAUCGAAACUCCUGCUUGCUCGCUUGCGCUUAGUCUUAGGUCAAGAACCUGACGUGCGACUAUAAGCCGACGUCGAUUCUAAGCGGUGCAAAUUCCAUCGUGACGUUGGAAAUUGCACGACCAGCGAAUUCGACGUUCGCGGCAGACAUCCGGAGGCGUCUCUUCGCGGACCGAGGCAUCCUCUCUUCUAAGCCCAAGAAACGGUGUCGACGAAGUAUUACCGCGGACAGUAAUGUCUUCAUUCCUUCUAUACGUCGAGAGCCUCUUUCGAGAGGAGAGGAGCGACUCGCGCUUCGUCCGGAGCGGUCGAACAAAAGCACUUGUCUUUUUCCUUUUCCUUCGCGGUCCCGCGGUCUUUCCUUCUCUUUCUAUCUUUCUCUUUCUUCGAAACGGACCGGCAAAGUCGCCUCGUUCACUCAUUCUCUCUCUCCCUCUCUUUCUCUUUUUGGCGAAGAGCUGUGGAAUCGCGUCGUGCUCGACCGGGACACUCUCAGUACGCUCCCUGUAUACCCACCUAUACUAGGUGUAAGUAUACGCGAGAAUGUAUUAUAUACCUUUAUACAAGGUGUCCAGAAAUACUCGCUUAAAGGCAUUGUAAUAUAAUAAGUUUUAUAAUCCGCGAAUAACAAUUCUUUUUUUCUUUUAAUAUAGAAGUUUAAAUUUUGGUUAAUUAUAAUUUAUAGUUGAACAAUAGAAUGAUGACUUCAUCAACUGUUUGUACAUUUCACGCUAAAAAAAAGAAAACAAUUAUUCAUGCGAUUUGUGCAAACGAACUGUUUUAAAUAUAUGAUUGAUAUUUUGGUUAUUUAAUUUUUCAUCAUUUUUGAUGCUCCGGUAUUUUUAAGUACAAACCUCUGCGUAGGCAUAUAUAUACAUUAUUAUUAUACAUAGUUUUAUAUAUAUAUGUGUGUGUGUGUGUGUGUGUACAAAUUUUUGUAUCAAAAAAUAUACAUGCAUUUUUAUAUACAUAUAUAUGUGUACAUACAAUAUAUACAUACACAACGCGCCAACUCUCCCAGCGUGUAACUGAAGUAAAGCCAGGUUGGUGCCCCCGCUAGGGUGAACGAACGGGUACGCUCAGGCAAAAGCGAACCCGUGUGCCUCCUCCUCCACCACCAUCGCCACCUCCUUCUCCACUAGCAACAACGUUCUCCUCUUCCUCCCCGUUAAACGGAGAUCGUCACCGCGGACUCUCGCGAGACGAGAAAAAAAUGCGAAAAUUGCUCGCCCGCAAUAAGAAUUUUGCAUUGAAGUCUCGCGAUCUACGGCACAUCGAUCAUCGUGCGUUAUACGCGUUUGCAUAUUAAAUUAUUGAAGUAGUAUAGCGAUACUACUAUAUUCGGCAUGCCAACGUGCGAUAAAGUCUCGCGCCAGUAAUUCAAAUAAUCCAACAUGAUCGCAUAUCGCGCUAUGAUAUACGUUUCUAUGAAUCCUAUACGUAUAAUAAAAUUUGAUUACCUUGCUUAA